GCAGCGUGACCGCUCCCUGCCCGCGGGGCCUCGGGACCCCCCCGCUCCCUGCGGGUCCCGGGGUGUCCGCGGAGCAGCGGGAGGCCAGGUCUACCCCGAGGAGCUCCCCCAGACCCCGCCUGGGCAGCGAGGAGCCCGGGCUUCCAGUCCUGGGGUGAUCCCCCGAGACCUGGCGGCUCCCCAAGGCCCCUCCCCGGCCCUGCGGCUGAGCUCCCCCCCCCCCCCGGUCCCUUCCCCGCCACCCCUCCGGGAGGGGUCCGGGGCGGCGGGGGGAUGAGAAGCAAACACGGUGAGACACCUUCUGUCGCGGCGCUGGCGCUGCCUGUGGGAGCUGCAGCCCCCGCCCGGUGCCCCCAAGAGAAUGCUGCUGUCCCGGCUCUCCCCCCAGGACAAGUCUCCAUCUCAUGCUCAAAACCGAAGCAAAGCAGUUCUGGGAGGUGAUAAGUGAUGAACAUGGAAUUGACAUCGCUGGAAACUACUGUGGGGGUCCAUCACUGCAGCUGGAGAGAAUUAAUGUGUACUUCAAUGAGGCUUACUCCCAUAAAUAUGUGCCCCGUUCUAUCUUGGUGGACCUGGAACCUGGUACGAUGGACAGUGUACGGUCCAGUAAAAUAGGCCCACUCUUCAGACCUGACAAUUUCAUUCAUGGUAAUUCAGGUGCUGGAAACAACUGGGCUAAGGGCCAUUACACAGAGGGCGCUGAACUUAUUGAAAACGUCAUGGAUGUGGUCAGGAAUGAGUGUGAGAGCUGUGACUGCCUUCAGGGAUUCCAGCUCAUCCAUUCACUUGGUGGUGGUACAGGCUCAGGUAUGGGCACACUCCUCAUCAACAAGAUCAGAGAGGAAUAUCCUGACAGGAUUAUGAACACUUUCAGUGUUGUGCCUUCACCCAAAGUAUCUGACACAGUGGUAGAGCCAUAUAAUGCCAUCCUCUCCAUUCAUCAACUAAUAGAAAAUACAGAUGAAACCUUUUGUAUCGACAAUGAAGCUCUAUAUGAUAUAUGCUUUAGAACUUUAAAGCUCACCAAUCCCACCUAUGGUGACCUCAACCAUUUAGUGUCCCUAACAAUGAGUGGUGUCACAACCUCUCUCCGUUUUCCCGGUCAGCUGAACGCGGAUCUGAGGAAGCUGGCUGUCAACAUGGUGCCCUUUCCUCGCCUUCAUUUCUUUAUGCCAGGCUUUGCUCCACUGACAGCUCGAGGUAGCCAGCAGUACAGAGCCCUCUCAGUGCCAGAGCUUACCCAGCAGAUGUUUGAUGCACGCAACAUGAUGGCAGCCUGCGACCCACGGCGUGGACGUUACUUGACCGUGGCGUGCAUCUUCAGAGGCAGAAUGUCUACUAGAGAAGUGGAUGAGCAGUUGCUGUCUGUCCAGACUAAGAAUAGUUCCUACUUUGUGGAGUGGAUCCCUAAUAACGUCAAAGUGGCCGUGUGUGAUAUUCCACCACGAGGACUGAAGAUGGCAGCUACCUUUAUUGGCAAUAACACGGCCAUUCAGGAGCUCUUCAUCAGGGUUUCUGAGCAGUUCUCAGCUAUGUUCAGAAGAAAAGCAUUUCUCCAUUGGUAUACUGGUGAAGGUAUGGAUGAGAUGGAGUUUUCUGAAGCAGAAGGUAACACCAAUGACCUUGUGUCCGAGUACCAGCAGUAUCAGGAUGCCACUGCAGAUGUUGAGGAAUACGAAGAGGUGGAAGUGGAAGCCAGCCCAGAAAAGGAAGCAGUGUAAAAACAAUGAUAAUACCAACACAUUAUCUGAAUAAGCCUGUUGACACUCCGUAAAGAGAAAACAGUAGCCAUCAUCUGCAUACCAAAAAUAACACCUUCCUUAAGAAUAUUUUCUCUGCAUCUGGCCAAAAUAUACCCAGUAUUACAAUACAAUGCUUUUGAGAUUAAUGGCAGCUAUGCUUUACUCUCAUAAACAACUGUUAACACUGAAUAUCUCCUAAGAAAGCAUCACUAUGAAGACAAGCAGUCUUGUAAAUGUGUUCACUUUCAGAAUACUCUCACCAGACACUGAAUGUAAUAUACAGCCUCUGUGUGUGUAUAUAUCAGGAUCAUAAGCAACAGCAAAAUACGCUAUCGCAUCAUCAAAUUUAUUUAUUCUCAGGUAAACACAUUCCAUGGCUUGUGAACUUCUUAUGGUUUAGGAACACAUGCAUCUGUAAGGCCUGUGAAGACAGCAUCUGUUUUAUUACACACUCCACAGACUGAUCUGCAGGCAAGUUCAGUUCAUUAAGUUGCAGGGGGAAGGGAAACAACAUGGGGCAAAAGACUGAAAAUGCACAUUUUUACUUUUUUAUAAAAGUACUCAAUAUUUUAUCACAUUGCUGGCUUAUAUUAUUGCAGAGCUUGUAUUCAUUAUUACUGCGUGGUUUGUUUCUAUUUCAGACUAUAGACUGAGUUAUGUUAGCAUGCAAAGUUGCAAACACUGUGUAAUAGUUUUGGUGGGCUCUUUUUUUUUCCAUGUACUAUUGUAAAUUUUCUUCCUGUCAUUAAGUAGAGCAAAUGAAUGGAAUGGUUUGCAGAUAGUUAGCUUUAAGUUAAAUCAAAAACAUAUCUUCAGGAAAAAAAAAAAUUCUUGCUCUUCACAGCGAUCUA